AUGAUCAGUGUUGUUGUGCUGCUGAUGUCCUCCAUGGCCAUGGCCUGCAACGUAUUCAACGGGAGUUGGCUCUACGACGAGUCGUACCCGCUCUACGAUUCAUGGAGUUGCCCCUUCAUUCACGGCGACUUCGACUGCCUCCGCUUCGGCCGCCCCGACACAUCCUACCUCAAGUUCCGGUGGCAGCCCGCCGGCCCAUGCCACCUUCCGAGGUUUGAUGGUGUGGACUUGAUGAAGAGGUUGGAAGGGAAGAAGAUAAUGUUCGUGGGAGACUCAUUGAGUGUGAAUCAGUAUGAUUCGUUGCUGUGUUUGCUUCAUGCGGCUUCCCCCAACUCCACCUUCAUCAGAUCACAACACGACUUCCUCUGGGGAGUCGUUUUUGAGGAAUACAACGUGACAGUGAUGUACUACAUGUCGCAUUACUUGGUGGACGUGGUGGUGGAGAAGAUUGGGCGAGUGCUAAAUCUGGACACCAUAAGAAGUGGGGCCGACUGGCUCAUCGCAGACGUCCUCAUAUUCAACACGUGGCACUGGUGGCCGGCCACCGGCGUCCAUCAACAAUGGGACUACGUGCGAGAUGGCAACCGGACACUUAAGGACAUGGACAGGACUGCGGCCUUCUCCAAAGCAGUGUCGACCUGGGCCAACUGGGUCGAGUCAAACGUCAACCCUUCCACCACCCGAGUCUUCUUCCAAGGGAUCUCCCCGGUUCACAUCGGUGGAGAAGAGUGGGGUGAGAAUGGAAGCACCUGUGAAGGACAAACAGAGCCAUCGAAUCCAUCAGCAUACUACGCAGGUCCAGUUCCACAGGAAGCCAUAGUGAAGAAGCUGUUGAGUAACAUGACGAAGCCAGUGUACCUGUUUGACAUCAGCUAUCUCUCGCAGCUUCGGAAGGAUGCUCACCCAUCCAAGUAUAAUGGCGUCAACUCUACGAAUGAUUGCAGCCAUUGGUGUAUUGCUGGCCUACCCGAUACCUGGAACCAGCUACUGUAUGCAGCUCUUAUCCAUCGUAUAUGAGACGAUUAAUG